CUAUCAGCAUCACAAUUACAACAUUUCCUCACUCAAGCUGAGCUUGGGGUUGGUCCUCAGAACCACAGAGACGGUUUCAGCUCAGGACCUCUCUCUCCAUUCUCCCUCCUGCCCUGAGCCAUGUCUGAAGACAUAGUCUAUGCCGAUAUCAAACUUGCCGGAAAAAAUGUUUCCCCUUCCAGGCCUUCAGCCCCAUCGCCAUCCCAGGAUGCAACGUCUCCUGUUACAGAUUCACACCCAUCCUCAAAGUGUCACAGGACUCUUCUGAAAGUGGCUUACACUGUGAUAGUUAUCCUCUUGAUGGUAAUGAUAGCACUGAGUGUCCUGGUUUUUAAACAGAUUGAUUCAAUGGCGUGUUCGAAACCUGGAGCAGGAAAUCCAAACAGAAGCGCCAUUUGUGCUGGAACGAGUACAGUUGGAAGCACUCCCUCAACAGUGGUACCCACUCUACGAACAUGCCCAGAAGACUGGCAGCUGCACCAAGGGAAAUGCUAUUGGUUUUCCAACGGGAGUAGAAUCAGAACCUGGAAUGACAGUGACGCCGACUGUGAGGCAAGGAAGUCAAAUCUGACUGUGAUUCGGGAUAUGUGUGAACUGGGCUUCAUCUGGUCAAAGAUACCACAGUCAUGCAAAUAUUGGAUCAGGCUGCCUAUUCAAAACGCUGAAGGCAACUGGACCUGGUCAAACGACUCUGUCCUCAACUGGAGUCUGUUCAAGGAUAACAACCCGACAAAUGAAAAGAAUGAGGGGCAGGAAAAUAAACAAUGUGAAAUGGACCCCCACAGAGAUCAACAGAACAAGAAGCUCAAGGGAAACAAACGUGCCCAGGAAAAUCCCAAAAAUGAAAGGAAGAAGAAGGAGGCAAAUAAAUAUCAUGAAAAGCACAAACCCUCAGAUAAAAAGAACCAGUGUCCUGUGCUCUCACGGGGUAAAAUUGGUCUUGACAGUUGUGACAAUGCAAAUUUCUGGCUCUGCCAGCAGUAAUGUGGACCCCUGAACCUCAGCAUGCCCUGGGACUCUGGGAAAGGGGUGGGGAAUGUCCUUUGGAUUUGACCUUUUCAUUCUGUAUGAGCUGGGUGGUGACUAAGGAGACGGCAGGAGAGAUCUCAAUCAACAGCAAGAAAGAAGCAGCAUGGCCUAGUGGAGAGAGCAUGGGGUCCCUAAUCCCACCUCCACCACUUGUCUUCUGUGUAACCUUGGGAAAAUCUCUUGAGUUCUCUGGGUCUCGGUUACCUAUUCUGUAAAAUGGGGAUGCAGACUGUGAGUCCCUUGUGGGAACAAGGACUAUGUCCAACCGGAAUACGUUGUACUUACCCUAGAGUUUAGUACAGUGUUGGAUGAGCACUUAGCAAAUGCCAUGAAAAAUAUAUACAUUCCAGCCUCCCAGGACUUCUCCAACA